AUGGAGACGAACACACUUUUUCAUCUUGUUACCAUUUUUACUAUUCUUUUGUUAGCAAAUGCAAACUCUGAAGGUGAUGCUCUGUAUGCAUUCAGAACAAGUGUAAAAGAUCCAAACAACAUUCUACAGAGUUGGGACCCCACUCUUGUUGAUCCUUGUACAUGGUUUCAUGUUACCUGUGAUACUCAUAACAGGGUUACUAGACUAGAUCUUGGACAUGCAAAACUCUCUGGCCAUUUGGUUCCUGAGCUAGGAAACCUCCGUCACCUUCAGUUUCUAGAAUUGUAUAGGAAUGAAUUGGUGGGUCCAAUACCAAAGGAACUUGGAAAUUUGAAGAACCUGGUUAGCUUGGGUCUUUACCAUAACAACCUUACUGCUUCUAUUCCUCACACCCUCUCCAACCUCUCUAAUAUCAAAUUCUUGAGACUCAACAACAAUAAGCUGACAGGAAGAAUACCUAGGGAACUGACUAAGCUGAAAAACCUCAAGAUCAUAGACCUGUCAAACAAUGAUCUAUGUGGUACCUUUCCCACAUAUGGCUCCUUCUCCAAGUUCUCUCAACAAAGUUUCAGGAACAACCCAAGACUUACAGGUCCAGAGUUAAUGGGAUUCGUGAGAUAUGAUGAUAUUGGAGGAAGCUGCAAAUGA